GGACGCCUGUGAACCGGAUUCCCAUCAUGGCCAAGCAAGUGCUGGACUUGUACACCCUCUACCGGCUGGUGACGGAGAAAGGGGGUCUGGUGGAAGUCAUCAACAAGAAGAUCUGGCGGGAGAUCACCAAGGGCCUCAACCUGCCCACCUCCAUCACCAGCGCCGCCUUCACCCUCCGCACGCAGUACAUGAAAUACCUCUACCCGUACGAGUGUGAGAAGCGGGCUCUGAGCUCUCCCGGGGAGCUGCAGGCAGCCAUCGACAGCAACCGGCGGGAGGGGCGGCGGCAGACCUUUGGGGCCACGUUGUUCAACUACUCCCCCGUGGGGACGCCAGCCGUCUUGUCCUCCCCCAAGCUCCCCAUGCCCGCCCUGACCAUCUCCACCCACAGCUGCAGCCAGAUCAGCCAAGUCCACAACAUCAAGAAAG